AUGGCGCCGCUUCUUGAGCUCUUGCCUGGUAUCUUGGACAUGGACGCGGCGUCGCCAACGCCACUUUUGCCGUUGGUUCAAGACGCAUUGGAGGCGCAGUAUGUCGACGUUGCCCGAGAGGAGUACAAGCGGGUGCGCGACGAGCGGCUCGCACGUCUGCACCGAUGGCUGGGUUUCGAGCGAGAUGUCGUCGCCACCGUCUCGGCUUCGUGGAGACUCCGCUGUGAUACCACGGCGUGUGCGUUGCUGCGCGCUCUCGAUCAAGGCUUGCAUGUCGCUGUCGCCGAUGCGACUGCGAUCGCCAACGCGCUGGUAGGCUUGACCAAGUCGCUCUUCGAUAGUCCGUACUCGUACAACGACAGUGAUGGCAACGACGCCAUGCUUGUUGUUUUGCUCGUUCUCGACCGUCUCUCGCCGUCGCACGUCCCUCUUUUCGUCGCGGGCCUCCUCAAGGAGGUCGUUCAAGCCCCACUUGACGUGCGUUACGACUACACUUGCGACGUGCUCUACCCGACGAUUCGCCUCCUCGACACCAAGCUGCCGACAAAAUACGCACCGAGUCGUCAAGCUUUGGUCGCAGCGACGCUUCCGGUGCUCAGAGGUGGGGCGAUGGUCGCGUGCGACUGCCGCAACUGCGGCUCAAAAGCCGACGAGUCAUUGACAAAGAAGCGGGCAGCGGCGCCGUCGAGUGGUAGCAUCAAGCGCCUCAAGACCGACGACGGCCAGCGAUGA